AUGCCAGGCGCUCCCCGCUUCACCCAAAAGCCGUCCAUCAAGCAGACCGCCACCGGCGAUCUGUUGAUGGAAUGCCACAUCGAGGCGGACCCGGCACCCAACGUUCGCUGGAAUCACGCCGGCACACCCAUCUCGGCUUCAUCGCGAGUCACGCUGACUCUCGAGCAGGAGCAGGGAUCGUUUUACCGUGCCACAUUGGUCAUUCAGGUAAGGCAUGGGGAAGAUGGAAGAGGUUUGGAGGUUUUUUGGGGAGGGUUGUUGAAGGUGGGGGGUUUUUUGAUAAAAAAUUGUUGGUAGUAUAGAGGUUUCAUUGAUAUUUCCGUUGAAGAAUAGGUCUAAUUAAUUUUUUUGUAAAAUACGGUAAUUCCAUAGCCCGCUGCCUACUACUGUUGUAAAUAUUCAAAAAAAUUUUAAUUUUCAUUUCAAAAAAUUAACAGUAAACUUCUUUGAUUUAGGAACCAAACGCAAACGAUGGCGGUGCUUACAAAUGUACAGCAGCCAAUCAACUUGGUGAAUCGAAUGCAAAUAUCAACCUUAACUUUGCUGGUAAGAAAAUGCUUUUUGGAAUUGUCUUUUUUAAGGUCAUUUUUAACCUUUCAAAAUAAUUUCUUAAAAUUUUUUUAAAAUUUCAAAGAAAUUCAACUUGGUCCCUCUUGUGAAACAAACGCAAAAAUUGUAAUUUAGAUGUCAAAUUAAGACUAAAGUGACAAAAAAAGCAAUAGACAAACCUUUAUAAAUAUAUCCACCUUAAUUUAAUGUAGAUUACUCUAAAUACUUUCAUAAACACAAUUCAAAUUUCAAAAACCACCAAUAAUUUUUCAAAAUUCCAGGAACAGAAGAACGCGCGGCCACUCCAAGCCAAAAAGGCCCCACCUUCAUCGGGAAGCCGCGGAUCAUUCCCAAGGAUGGCGGAUCCUUGAUUCUCAUGGAAUGCAAAGUCAAAUCCGGCACAAAACCCACAGCCAAAUGGUCGAAAGACGGCGUCUCACUGAGUAUUGGCGGACUCUACCAAGACGUCUUCACCGACCUGGGCGACGGCACCUAUCUGUGCCAAUUGGAGAUUCGAGUAGGGUUUUUGUUGAAAAAAUUAUUUAAAAUAUGUGUUCAAGGGGGAAUAAAACAGUUUUUUUUUGUAAAAGCAGAGUUGUUUGGGGACUUUUCAGUAAAAGUACCUUAACAUAGUUCACUUCAUGCUUCACGUUUUUUAAAAAGUUUACGACAAAAUACCUUUAUAUUAACUUAAAUCCAUUUCCAGAAACCCACUGCUGGUGAGGCGGGCCAGUACCGGUGCAACAUAAAGAAUGAUCUCGGCGAAACCAACGCCAACCUCUCCCUCAACUUCCAACAAGACGAAGCGACUUCAGAAGGUCGUCGCAGCCCCUCCCAACCCCGAGACGGAAAGAAGACCCCGAAAGAGGGCUCCAGACCUGGUACACCUUCGCGGCGACGAAGGGACCGUUCAGAAACACCAUCCAAGAGACACAAGUCCAAGUCCAGAGAAGGAUCGCCCAAGAAGUCGGUCCGAUCUCGGCCUAGCACCCCUCAACCCGAAGAUAACAAAGACACACUACAGCCAGACAGCUCACAGUCCGGCUCCAGAAGAUCGUCCAAAGUCGAAGCCAUGGAAGUGGAUUCGAAUGGAAGUAAGGCUACUUUAAUGUACAGAUAUUCAGUUUUGGAUACCUUAACUUAUAGAGACAUCAAGUUUUGGCAUGAUUUUCACUUUGACUUGUAUCGCGAUUUAAAAGAUGGGAUUUCGAAGCAUUUUAUGCCAAAUUCAUAUCAUAUUCUAAAAGUUUUUAGGCAUUUCUCAUUAAUUUUCAUAAAGAUUUUGGUUAAAACUUAGUGUUUAUGACCUUGUUUUAGACCAGAUAGUGCUUCUUUAGAUCUAAAAAAUACUUUUUGUAUGCCAUCUUAAGCGGUUUUACUAUUGUAAAAUUGAUUUUCACACCUAGACUGAUAAAUCCAAACAAAUAUUGACCUGUACGUGCCUUUGAGUACUGUAAAACACUUCAUUUCUACCAUAGUUCAUCAAAAAGUUGUUGAAAUUCGAAAUUUUUGACCUUUUGAUGUCCAAAACCAAAAAAGUUCAUUGAUCCCUCUAUUUACAAACUGUUAAUUUGGUGAAUUAUGGUAAAAAACCACCUGCAAACACUCAUCAAUCUUUUUAGCGACCAAACGAAAGAAGAGCGACGUGGGAUUGCCUCCGGCGCCGAAAAAAGACCGCGGCCGAAGCCGAUCCAAGAGUCCGGCUGUUCAGAAAAAAGAUACAACAACUACAAAGACCGCGGCUUCGAAGCCGACCAUCGUACAAGAGCUACAGUCACAGGUAAAAACGGGUUUUAUUGUUGAAGCAAGGAAUUUUUAAAUAUUAAUCUUGUGGACGAAAUGUCAAAAAUAAUAUUGGUUUUUUGAAAAUUGAAAUUUUUAAAUUUUAAAAGAUUGUAUUGUAUACAAUAGUUUACGUUCAUGAAAAUUAUGCAGUUUUUUACAUACCCACUAUUUUUUAAACAAUUUUUUACAUUACAAACUUACUGACCAGACAUUUCCUAUCAUAAGCCUAAUGAUUUCCUUAAUUCCCGCCCUAAAACAAGACGUCAAGACCUUUUAGUAUAAUAUUAUGACUAAUGUGUUUUAUAAACAUUUUCACAUGUUCUCUUAUAAUGACUAUAAGGUAUAUAAAAGCGAACUUUCGGCCGUUUCUCGUUCACGUUGAAUUGCGUAGGAAGGGGAAGAAAGUUUUCUUUGGCUGGCAAAUGGCCUCGAACAAACUUUUUGCUACUUUUUAUGAAAAAUGACACUAAAUAAUUUUAAAACAAACACAUGAAAACAUAAAAACAACGUAUUGCAUUACCGAAGAAACGAGGUUUUAAGCCGAAACUAGGCUUAAUAUUUGAAAUGGUCAAUUUUGAGCACAAAAAUGUCGAUUUUCAAUAAGAUAACAGAAAGUUUGAACACAAUAACAUCUUUUAUAAUAAAGAUUAAGUCAAUUUUUAUAUAAAAAUAAAUGCAAAUAAAAAUAAACUGGAUUUCAGGUUGGUCACAAUGGUGAAACAGUCCGUUUGGAGACCAGAAUCGAGAGUUCGUCGACAACCAAAGUCAGUUGGACAAGAGAAAGCACAACUCUUCACUCAAUGUCAUCGGAAUACAAACAGACCUUCGAUGGCAAAGUAGCUGUUCUACAGAUCACAAAGUUCUCAGAAUCCAAAGCCGGAAGGUACGAAUGUAUCGCGGUAAACGAAGCCGGUGAAAGCCGAACUUCAACUACCGUGACUUUCGAGAAAUCAGGUGGGUACAGUGACUUUGAAUGGUUAUAAAAAUGGUGGUUUUUGAGGAAUUGAAAAUUUGUCUUGUCUAAUAUGUUAGAAAGGCAUUACUGUUUAUGUGUGCCAAAAAUAGUCUUGAUCUAACGUCAAUGGUCUGAGAUAUAGCUUGUGAAACACUAAAUCAAGCCUUUAAAAAAGUAUUUUUCUUUAAAAAUCAAAACAAGAUCCGAUUUCAGAAGCCGAACUCCAGCAAGAACAACAAAAGAAAGACGAUCUUCAGAAGCGCAAAGACGAGAUCAAACGACGUGCUGAAGAGAGGAAACAAGCCGAAGAAAACAAGAAACUAGAAGAGGAAAAGAAGGCAGAAGAUGCCAAGAAACGAAAGGAAGACCUUCAGAAGAGGCGAACCACCUUUGCUGACCAAGAAGUUCCCGAGAAGAAGCCUGCCAAGAAGGUAAGAACUUUCUUUACAUUUAUUAUAUAAAGGUAGACCUAAAUAGAGAUUAAAAUUUUUAGGUUUUUCUUAUAAUUGGGGGUGGAAAAACGAUAUUGUAGUAGGUGGAUCAAGACUUUUUAUUAAAAAUUAAAGCGUUUGAAUCUAGAAAAGAUAAAGGGUUUUUAAGUUCAAAAGUGAAGGCAUAUCUUGUUUUGACAGUUUCGGUUUUGUGGGAAACUUAUGUAAGCUUAGUCGCAGCUCGGCAAUAUUUUCGCAGGCUGCAGAUUAAUUUUAAAUCACGAGCUAUUGAAAUAGAAGGAAAUCGAAUAAAAAUAAAAAAAUGUAAUGAAAAAUAAAAUUCUAGUUUUUAAAAUUUUUAAAAAUUAUGAAUCUUCAACAAUUUUACUUACCUCACUUACACCUAUAUAUGAUUCUUGUCGUAUUAACCUACCUUACGUUUGCAACUUUCAGAGCGGCAGCGCAUCGAGCACAAAGGCAAAAGCUGACGAGGAGGUAAGUCCCAAACCCGACGUACUGUGACUUUUCAAAGUGCAUUAGUGAUAAGGCGGAAAAAGCGCGAGUCCGCGGUCGAUUUUGUACCCGAGUUUACUCAGUAUCCGAUAUCCGCUGAUUCCCGAGGCCCGCGGGGAGUGUGUUUUUUGGUUGAAACAAUUUAUUCUCGGUCAGAUGACAAUGGAAUUGUUUUCGCUUCGAAUGAUUACUUUGCGGUUGUAAUUAACCUUUCAACCGGUCGAUAUUGGCUUUGAAGCUGGGGGUUUUAUGGUGAUAGGGUGGAUGAUAUAGUGGUAGAGUAGUGCUGGAUGAUAGGCAGUUUAGGAUAGACAAGACUCGAUGACAAUGUAUUGAUUCCGGGUGUGGAUUUGCAAUUCGCUUGUCUUUUGUCUGGUCCUUGUACUUUUAACUCAACUUUGUAUUCGUACGAAAACUACCGAUCGAUAUGUUUUGAGUUGAUAGAGUAACAAACGUAGUGUAAUGUGAUUUACAAAAGUAGUACAAGAGGAGACAAAAGAUGUAGUUUAAGACGAGGAACAGUACUUUGUAUUCAGCGUCACGUGAGCCUUGAACUUUUUUGCAAAUUUUACAAGUUAGAGUUGGGCUGGAAUUGUAUGCUUUUUUAUUUUUAAAGGACGUUUACGCCUUUGCUUUUCAUUUUUUUAAAUGUUUAGGUAUAAAUAUAAUCCUAAAUUUACUUUUUCUAGUAUUUUUGAUGUUUUGAAAUGUACUGUUUAUACAUUUUUGGUGAUUGGUAUUAACAUUUCUACAUUAUUCGACGUUUACGGGCUUACUCACACUGUAAAACUUGUAGUAAUCGUCUAACCCACCAUUACAACCUGUAAUAACUUUGUAUCUGUAUAAAUUGUCGCUAACAACACGUCAAAACGUCGUCCUCAUCCGGUUCCAGCCCUAAAAAACAAGUGAAUGGAAGGCCGGCGGCGGUGAGGCGAGUCUCUACCAUCGAUGAGGCCGGCCCCUCCACCCCCACAUCGCCUUCUUCAUCUGGCAACAACUCUCGGCGAGGGUCGACCAGAUAUGAGACCAUCGAUGGCCAUACCUAUCUGCCGGAUGGGAGGAAGUUGUCCCACAUUCAUUCGUUCAUUUUGAGUAAACUGCCCGGUGGAGGGGCGAAGGAGAAGUUCUUGAGGGAGUUGAUCGAUUUUGACACUCGACAAGGUGCCGAGAAUGGCGCCGCAAGUACUCAGAAGGUCACGCUUAGGAAGACUGGUCCCGGGGUUAGUGCUUUUGGUAACAUUUUGGGGUUAUGA